AAUAGUGUUUUUACUGUCGGAUAUUAUGCGCCGUUUUCAUCCCAAAAAUACUCAAAAGUUUCAUUUCUUGGCUAUUCUUCUUCGAAUGUCCAAAGUUUGUGAGCCUGGCUCUGCGAGGCGGUGACGUCACAAGGCGGGGUCACGCGCAGGUCGGUUCAAGCAGAGUUCACGAGCACAAACACAACUCCUGCAAUCAGCUGCCAGCCUUGGACCGAACCGGGACUAGUUUGAACCGGGACCAGCUUGAACCGCGACCAGCUUGCACCGGGACCACCUUGAACCGGGACCAGCUCGCAGUCCGCCCGUCCUCCCGCUCCAUGGCCCGCUGACGCCGCGAGGACCAGCACCUUCCCAUCCGCGGACCCGCAGUCCGUCAUGUUCGACUACGUGGACUUCCAAGUGUUCGGUACCGGGGAGACGGACCACCGGGACUGCGUGUACGAGCAGGAGCGCCGCUGCGCAGCCGACCUCCCGGAGCUCUUCCUCGGCCACUGGCGGCGCGACGAGGGCUCGGUGUUCGGCGUGGAAGAAGCGCCGCGCCGGUACCGAACCGGUUCAGACGUGGGUAGCCAUAGCUCCGCCUCCAGCUCCGAUGACCCGUUCACAGGCUCCGCCUCCUCGCCGCCGCCGCCCCCGCGCACCUACAAGCCGUGCUUCGUGUGCCAGGACAAGUCUUCGGGAUACCACUAUGGCGUCAGCGCCUGUGAGGGUUGCAAGGGCUUCUUCCGCCGCAGCGUGCAGAAGAAGAUGGUGUACACGUGCCACCGGGACGAGAAGUGCGUCAUUAACAAGGUGACCAGGAACCGCUGCCAGUACUGUCGUCUGCAGAGGUGCUUCGCUGUGGGAAUGUCUAAAGAGUCGGUGAGGAAUGACAGAAACCGUCUGAAAGCCAAGGAGGAGCCGAAGAUGUCCAUCGCAGAGACGUACGAGAUGACGGCCGAGCUGGAUGUCAUCGUGGAGAAGAUCUGCAGGGCCCACAGGGACACCUUUCCCUCCCUUUGCCAACUGGGGAAAUACACCACAAACUCCAGCUCGGACCACAGGGUCCAGCUGGACCUGGGCUUGUGGGACAAGUUCAGUGAGCUGGCCACCAAGUGCAUCAUCAAGGUGGUGGAGUUUGCCAAGCGAGUGCCAGGCUUCACGGGCCUCACCAUCGGCGACCAGAUCACGCUGCUGCGGGCCGCUUGUCUGGACAUGCUGAUUCUGAGGAUCUGCACCCGCUACACCCCCGACAACGACACCAUGACGUUCUCCGACGGCCUGACGCUGACCCGCACUCAGAUCCACAACGCGGGCUUCGGGCCCCUGACGGAUCAGGUGUUCACCUUCGCCGGCCAGCUGCUGCCGCUGCAGAUGGAUGAGACGGAGAGCGGCCUCCUCAGCGCCAUCUGCCUGGUCUCCGGAGACCGCCAGGACCUGAAGGAGCCGUCCAAGGUGGAGGUGCUGCAGGAGCCGCUGCUGGAGGCGCUGAAGAUCUACUCCCGCAAGCGGCGGCCCAGCGUGCCUCUGGUGUUCCCCAAGGCCCUCAUGAAGAUCACAGACCUGCGCAGCAUCAGCGCCAAAGGGGCGGAGCGAGUGGUGACCCUGAAGAUGGAGAUCGCGGGCGCCAUGCCGCCGCUCAUCGAGGAGAUGCUGGAAGACCUGCAGAACCUGGAGAAAGACCAGAAGAAACUCUCGGAGAGCCGAGGAGCGAGGUCGUAUGUGACGCCUCCUCACUGCUCCUACACUUCCUCAUCCUCCUCUUCUUCUUCUUCUUGUCCUCUGAAGAUCUAACUUUCUCUCUCCACUUCCUGUAUUUAUGUUGCUGAAAUAUGUCUCAUGGAUGUUUUUUACCUCAUGAAAUAACCACGUCUUUAGUUUGGAUGCACGAUAAUUAUCUGACCAAUUUUAGGAAUUAUGAGGAUAAAUCCGCUCAUAUUGACCCUCUGGGGACGUUUGAAUUGAAAACAUUUUGGAUUAUUUUUGUUUUUUUACUCAAAUGUCUUAACAAACCCACAUCAUGUUUUUUAUUUGAACCUUUUGAAGGCCUGUUAAUCAGAUGAUGUCACAGGUUUAAACUAGUAAAAUAACUUGUUAUGCAAAAUUACAACUACCGUAUUUUUCAGAGUAUAAAUCGCUCCGGAGUAUAAAUCACACCGGCCAAAAUGCAUAAUAAAGAAGGAAAAAAACAUAUAUAAGUCGCAUUUUUGGGGGAAAUUUAUUUGAUAAAACCCAACACCAAGAAUAGACAUUUGAAAGGCAAUUUAAAAUAAAUAAAGAAUAGUGAACAGGCUGAAUAAGUGUACGUUAUAUGAGGCAUAAAUAACCAACUGAGAACGUGCCUGGUAUGUUAACGUAACAUAUUCAGUGUUUCCCAUAAACUGCCAAGAUACCUGUGGCGGUGGGGUCGUGGCUAUGGGCGUGGUCACCAUGACAUCAUCAAGUAAUUUGCAUAAUUUACUACAAUGAUAUGAUUUUCUCUAAAAAGGCUCAAAAAAUGUAUACUUACUAAUUAAUAACAGUUUUGUUUUAAACGUCCAUCCAUCCAUCCAUCCAUCCAUUUUACAAUAUAAUUACAACACUUUAUGUACAUAUUUAUAUACAGAUUUGAACAAUAAAUUAUUCACUGAAAUAUAUUUAUUAGUUGUGGUUCUUACAAAAAAUAUAUCUUAUAAAAUAUAAAAGCUAAAAUGUCUCUUAAAGCUCUGCCCCUUUAACUAGUGCAUACUAAAUAAUUUAACUUUGGCCUACUACUACAACCAUAUUAUUUACCAGCAACAUAAAGUGAAACAGAGGCAGAGGUGUCCUGCCACAGUCAGUAACAAAUAAACAGAAAACGGUAGUGGUCAAAUACAAAUAAGGCAACAAGAGAAGUAUCCUACACUUGUCUUUUGUAAAGUAAAUCUGAACAGCCUUUAGGGCAUCUACAUCAACUAUAUGAUUUGCCUGAGAAGCUGGACAGGACAAAAAAUAAAAAAAAUAAAAAAAAUUUUUUUUUUGUGGCGGACGUAAUUCUUUUGUGGCGGGCCGCCACAAAUAAAUGAAUGUGUGGGAAACACUGAUAUUAUGGUAAGAGUCAUUCAAAUAACUAUAACAUAUAGAACAUGCUAUACGUUUACCAAACAAUCUGUCGCUCCUAAUCGCUAAAUCCCAUGAAAUCUUAUAAAUGAUAAUAAAUGAUAAAUGGGUUAUACUUGUAUAGCGCUUUUCUACUUUCAAGGUACUCAAAGCGCUUUUGACAGUAUUUCCACAUUUACCCAUUCACACACACAUUCACACACUGAUGGCGGGAGCUGCCAUGCAAGGCGCUAACCAGCAGCCAUCAGAGGCAAAGGGUGAAGUGUCUUGCCCAAGGACACAACGGACGUGACUAGGAAGGUAGAAGGUGGGAAUUGAACCCCAGUAACCAGCAACACUCCGAUUGCUGGCACAGCCACUCUACCAACUUCGCCAUACGUCUAGUCUCUUACGUGAAUGAGCUAAAUAAUAUUAUUUGAUAUUUUACGCUAAUGUGUUAAUAAUUUCACACAUAAGUCGCUCCUGAGUAUAAGUCGCACCCCCGGCCAAACUAUGAAAAAAACUGCGACUUAUAGUCCGAAAAAUACGGUAAAUAAACUCUGACAUCAUUUGAUCAAAAUGCCUUCGAUGGGUUCAGAUUAUAAUUAAUUGGUAUUUUUGUUGAACUUGAUUGAGAGAUUUGAGUAAAAAAAGAAAAAAAAAGAGGCCAAAAUGUUAUGAAGGACUAUGUCGUGUUUGACAAGGGGUAUUGUAGAAUAACUACCAGUGUGUCGUAUACAUGUCAAAGAUUUGGACAUUAAAAUAUAAAAAAUGUAUAUAAAAAAAACGAAAAAACAAGAAAUUAAUAAACUUUCUUUUUUAUAAACCAGCUAAAAAGAUAACAUGCAGAACUGAGCUGUAUGCGCUGCUCUGCCAACACGCACGCACACACAGAGGUCCCUAUGGUGCCCUCACAAACGAUCAGAAAUCACAAAAAUCCUUAACAAUUUUGCUACAAUAAUAAGCAUUUUUAAAAGUCUGUGCAAAGACACUAAUGUCCAAAAAUGUUUUGAUGUAUUCCUACCCCCUUCCUGCUCUGUCACUGACAAUGAUUGUCGAUCGGAACUGUUUGCAAACAGUUUGUAGGUUUUAUUUAGGUUCCAUGUUUUUUUUUGCACAAAAAUUUGUCAUAUGUUGCUAAAAGAUUUUUCUUCAAGGUUUUUAUUUUAAUGUUAAAUUAAAAAAAUGUCCAAUUCCUUCACAGGUGUACGACACACUGGUAGUUAUUCCACAAGACCCCAAAGCCAAACAGAAGAUGUAAGUUCAUAUUUUUCUUCUUUUUUAAAUUUUUUUUUACUCAAAUCUCUCAUUCAACAUUAUUUUAUUUUAACCCUUUGAAGGCCUUCUGAUCAGAUAGUGUCACAGUUUUUAAUUAGCACACAAUUGCAUAACACAAGUUAUUUGACUAAUUUGUGACUUUAUCUGAUCAGAAGGCCUUCCAAUUUAUAACAAAAGCAUCACACGUUUGAAUUAUUUUGGAUUGUUUUUGAGAAAUUGGAGCAAAAAAAAAAGUUUACACUUAAAUGUUCUGUUUGGCUUGAAGAUAAUAAAAAAAAUCAACACUUUUUUAACCUGCGUGUUAAAAAAUCGUUUUUGUACUGUAAUGUUUGUCACAGAAUAAACAUACUUAUAAGUUGAUGUGUCCACAUCACACAUCAACGUAUAUAAAACGUAACAAAAGUGUAUACAAAGGACUCCAGUGGAAUGUUUGCAGUUUUUGUCCCGCUCGUUCAUCAUCAUGUCAUAUACUUGAAAUAAUAACAUUGCUAAUAAUGCUCACUUCUGCUUGCCGGGUGACUUUUUCAAUGCCUUAACGAGCCUUUACAAGCUGACGAGUUUACAAUAUCAAUAAAACUAUAGAUUGGUUUCUCAAACUAAGUUUGUUGGAUCAUGCUAAGUGAGUACUGUCGCCGUGACAACCUCUAACAGCAGCUCACUCCUCUUCUGCGUACAAUCUGAUGUGAUAUGUACUUUUUUUAUAAAAAUAUUAAACACCGCUGCUGACUCAUGUAUUUGCAUGUUACAAUAAUGCUAAUAUCCUGUAUUUAGAGUUAGUACGGUUUUAUGUGCCCCUGUAUUAGUUAGCCCUGGGCGAUAAAUCAAUUUUAUUGAUAUAUUCAAGUUUUUUUUGCUGCAGACGAUUUAAAAAAAAAAUAAAAAUAAAUGUUUUUUCUCCUU